AUGACUCCCCAUCAGCUGAACACAGCAGCAAUAGGCCUCUUGCUGCAUCUUGAGAACACAGUUCCCUCGAAAAAUGAACAUCUCCAAGAGCUCCAUUGGGAUCUUCAAAAAUUCCACAAAGACCAUAUGCAGUCAUCCGUAAUGCGGGCCCGUAAAAAUCGAUAUAUCGACUUGAUUCGAGAUUUUUUGAAAUCCGAAGACCUAAAAAAGAAUUUCCCGCCGGGAAUCUUCGUGGAUCGUCUAGUGGUCUUUGGAAGUUUUGCGACGCAUUGCGCUUCGAAAUUCAGCGAUCUAGACCUGUGUGUCUGUAUGAGAUAUAACGGAUUUUGCGAUCCGAAUCGAAAACCACCGCCUAUCUGGGCUCUCCGCUCGAUUCACUAUCAUCUGAUUCAUCACCGCAGAACUCUUUCCGAAAAAUUCGAUGGAGCGAAAAUCGAAGAUGUUGAAUUCAUCUCGAACGCCAAAGUUCCAAUUCUUCGAUUCAAAAUUGAUGGGGUUCCUGUCGAUUUGAGCGCCUCGUUCAGUGAUCGUCCGCCGAAAUCUUGUUUGGCAGCGAAAUUGAUUAACGCUUAUUGCCAACUCGACGAUCGCUUCGCCAUCCUCGUCACUUUUCUGAAAAUGUGGCUGAAAUCUGAGGGGGAUCCAGUCGAUCACUUGAAAGAUUUCCCCAAUUCCUACUCAUUUAUCCUUCUACUGAUCCAUGUGCUCCAGUGGUACCGUAUCGUUCCGAAUCUCUACCAAACCCACGCCUACUUGUUCAAUCAUCAUAAAGCCACGUCUUGGGAUGACGUGAAUUUGGAAUCUGACGAAUUCUGGAUGCCAUUAGAUCAGAAAACCAUCAUCUGCCAUCAACAGAGACCAUCGAAACAUCUGACCGUCGUGCAGCUUUUGUACCUUUUCGGCACUCAGUACACGACGAAAAACAGACUAGAUGAGUACAGUUUUAAUAUGAAAACUGGCGCUCUGCAGUUGAAAAAAUCGAGAGAAUAUUCACUAUCGAUCAUUGACAUCUACGACGAGAACAAUCCGGGUAGAAGUGCACGCGACACUGAGUAUCUGGUGGAGGCGCUGAGGCUUCUGACACGCACAAUAACUGAUCCACGUCAUGGCAUGCUCCAAUCAAUUUUAGAGAUCACUUCACAACAGCUGUAUGAAGAUCCGGAAAGGCCAUCUAUUCUUGCACCCGAUCCUACAGAAACCACACAAAAAACAUGCAUCAAGAUGAUUCGAGAAGUAAUCAAUACCACAAUUUCCGAGGACAUCAAAACGGACUAUUUUGUGGACAUUUUGACUUGGGAACCGGCUGAAAAUAUUCUGGAAAUUUCGGCGAAAAUUCGAUGUGAUACGAGACGAGUGGUGGAGCUGUUCAAUGGACCAAAAUCGACGGAAAUCCAAAAACUAGCCGAGGAAAGUUUGCAGAAACUCUUCGAGCUGGAAUUGGAUCUUAAAUUGAUUGUGUGCUUUCAGGAUGACUGA